AUGUAUUCAUUCAAUACUAAUGGAUUUGGUAUGAGUGAAUAUAAAGAAGAAAAUAAUAAUAAUCAAGAAAUAAUUAAUAAUAAUGGAAUUAUUUUUCCAAAUACAAUUAUUCAACAAAUAUAUCCACAAGACUUAACAUAUAUUUAUCAACCAUUAAUUAAAAUAUUUGGUGAAGAAAAUUUUGCUUCAAUUGAUCAAAUUACACCACAAUUAAUUCAAUUACAUAUUUAUGGAGAAAUUUUUACAGAAAAUGGUUUUGUUGUACGUUCAGAUCAAAGAAAAAAACAUAAUAUUCAAAAAAUAAAAAAUGCAUUAAAUAAAAUUAUUAAUAUCUUUUGUUGUACAUUUAAAUAUAAUAAUGAUGAAAGUAUUAGAUCUGGUUUUAUUGCACAACAACUUCAACAAGUAGUACCAGAACUUGUUCAUGAAGAAAUUGAUGGAACAUUAUCUAUUGAUUCAUUAGCAUUAAUUCCUGUUAUUAUUGAAUCAUUAAAAACAUUAAAAAAUAUAUUAAAUGAUAUUAAAGCAAAACAAGAAAUAACAAUUAAAGAAGCACAACAAGCAGUUAUUAAUGCUUUAACUAUAAUUCAAAAAGAAAAUUAUCAAGAAUUUGAUUUUAUAUUUACAUUAGGACCUUUAAAAAUAACAUUUCCUCUUGUCAUAAUUACAUUAUUAUCUACACUUAGUAGUGUUAUAUUUUUUUCUGAAUUACCUUUUAUUAUUAGUUCACAACUUAUUACUGCAGUUCUUGGAGUUAUUUCUAUUUCAAGAAUGCCACAACAUAUGAAAAGAUUUAAUUCUGCUAUUGUUAAAAAUAUUAUUCAAUCUACAGAAGAAUUACCAAAGAAAAUUAAACAAAAUUUAUCUAAAAAAACAAUUAAAGAAAUGAAAAAACAAAUUAGUAAUUGGUUUAAAGAAAAAGAAUUUACAAAUUAUCAAAAAUCUUUAUAUUUAAGUUAUUUUAUUAUUUUUAAUAUUAAUCUUUGUGCUAUUGCUAUUAGUUUUAUCUUUGGUUCAUGUUUAAUUAGAUUUUUUGGAUUAUAUUUGGCAACAUUAUUACUUUUUUGGGGAUUUACUAUUAAAUAUUGUAAUAAUAUUUCAUUUUAUUAUCUAUUUAAUAUUCUUACAACAAUUUUUAUUAUUGCUGUAUUUUUAUGUUUUUCUUUAAUUAAAAUUCAACCUUCAUUAGAAUGUAAAUUAUAUCAAUUUAAUAAAGAAAAUUUUAUUAAUCUUAAUACAACUUCUCAAAUUAAUUUUUUAUUAACAACAACAUUACCAUGGAAUUGUAUAAAUCCUUCUUUAAUAACAAAUCCUCAUCUCCCUUCUAUUUCUACAUCAACACCAUUUAAUUCAUUAUCAAUUUUAACUGAUUUACAUACAAUAAAACAUAAUGAUAAAACAACAGUAUAUCUUGUUUGUUCUGGUUUUAUAAAGUUUGAAUGUGGUAAAUUUACUUUUAUUUAA